UUUUUCUUCCCUAUAUAUUUGUACCUGUGUUUGUGUGUGUGUGUUGAUUAUGAAUUUCUUUACAAUUUGAAAGUAAUGAGAGAGAAAGCUCCCUGUGUGUGAGUGUGUGUAUGUGUCUAUGUAUGGUGGUACAUACAUGUGUAAUAAAAAUGGUAUUUGAGUUUUCUUCGAUCCGAAUAUAAUCGUCUUGUUGUUGUUGUUGUUGUGGUUGUCGUUACCGUAGUUGUGGCUGUAUAUAUUUAUGUGUGUGUGUACCUGUUGAGCUUUGAAGUUCAUAGGAAAAAAAUGAUAAUUUUUAACAAACCAAAAAAAAAGUGAAUCUACCACAACCAACACCAUCAAAUAGGAUUUUACCAUUAAGCCAUCAAACACAUACAUACACACACACACACACACUCACCAUUUUUUUCGGGCACCAAUAUCCGAUUAAUUCAAUCUAAUUUUUUCUCUGAUUCCACAACAAGUGUGUGUUCUGACGUCUUUUGAUUUUCCAUAAAUUCCGAUUGAAUCGUUAUUGUUUGGAAGUGAUAAAUUAAUCUGGGGGAGAAAAAAUGCAAGAAAUUGCACGUAAACGUUUUCAAACAAAGGCCUGUAUUGCCGGUGCUCGAACAUUUUUAAUGUUAUUCAAUGUAAUCUUUUGGAUCGCCGGAUUCAUUCUAUUAUUAUUUGGUCUUUGGAUGCGUGUUUCCAUUGGAAAAGUAUUCGAAAUAGCACCACAAUUUAAUUUUGCAUUACCAACAAUGUUAAUCAUUUGUGGUUCAUUAAUGAUGAUUGUAUCCGUAUUGGCAUGUUUCUCUUCAUCCACUGAUAGUCCAACUUUAUUAUACAUUCUAAGUGUUAUAUUUUUCCUAAUAUUUGGAUCAAUAUUUGCACUAUCAAUCACUGGCUAUGCAUAUCGUGAUACAUUAAAAGAACAGCUAUAUAAAUCAUUAAAUCAUACAUUGAAUCAAUAUGGUACCGGUAAUAUUAUGGAUAAAGAUCUUGAUCGAAUUCAAAUACAUUUCGAUUGUUGUGGUGUCGAUAAUUUCGAAGAUUGGCUACAUAGUGAUUGGCAUCAAAAACAUAAUCUAUCAUUUCCGGAUAGUUGUUGUAAAACAUUAAAACAUUGCGAUAAUAAACUAGUGGAACAGACACAUAUGGUUGGAUGUUAUCCAGUAAUUGUCAAUACAUUCAAUGAAAAUCUAAGUACAUUAGGUUUGGGAACAUUUUUCAUUGCAUUAUUUCAGCUUUGUGGCGUAACAUUGGCUGUUUGUCUGGCAAAUCAUAUAAACAAGGCGAAAUAUGAAGAAAUGUAUUAAUGUGAAGAUUUUUUUUUUUUGGCAACAGAAUUGUUUUUUAUCUCAAAAAUCAAAUUUUUUAAUUUUUGAUUAUAAAACACACAAACCACACAGCUAUUAUAAUUAUUAGAACCAUCAAUCAGCAGCAUAUAAACACAAAUUGUCAUCAAUCGAUCCUGUUUGACCGCCACCACCACCACCACCAACACACAAAGAUUUAAACAACAAACAACGAAACUUUAAUUCGAAAUCGAGCUUCAAAUUCCCGAAAAAAAAAGACAAAAACAUAGAAAAAAAAGAAUUGUUAAAUUAUCUUCCACAAACACAUAUUUACUGCCCAAUAAUGAACCAUUUCAAAUAUAUGUAAUUGUGUGUGUCGGUGUUGGUGGUCAUGAUGAUGUAAUUGAAAUGCACAUAGACUUUCAAUGUUUCGUUUCUGUUGUUGUUGAUAUAUAUUAUUAAUUAUUAUUAUUAUUAUUAUAGAUUAAUCAUUAUAAUUGAUAA